UACAGAGAGCGAGAAGGGCUACGAGGAGCUUUUCGAGAAACUGGACACGAAUAAAGACGGGAAGGUGGACGUGGCCGAGCUCCGAGCAGGCCUCAUAGCCAUGGGCAUCUCUCUGCGGACAGGAGCAGCUCAGAAAAUAGUCACCACUGGAGACAAAAACAAGGACGGCGUUCUUGACUUCAGCGAGUUCGCCAGAUACCUGAAAGAACACGAGAAGAAGCUGUGGCUCACUUUCAAGAGCUUGGACAAGAAUGAUGAUGGUAGUGUUAUAAAACAGUCCCUGGCCGAACUGGGAAUGGACAUAUCCACUGAAGCAGCACAGAAAAUCCUACAGAGCAUUGACAGUGAUGGCACCAUGACUGUGGACUGGAACGAGUGGAGGGAGCACUUCCUGUUUAACCCUGCCACAGACCUGGAAGAAAUUAUUCGAUACUGGAAACACUCCUCGCAGCUGGACAUUGGUGACAAUCUAGCCGUUCCUGAUGAGUUUACCAGCGAGGAGAAGAUCUCUGGCGGCUGGUGGAAACAGCUGGUUGCUGGGGCAGCAGCAGGGGCUGUCUCUAGAACAGGCACUGCCCCUCUGGACAGAAUAAAGGUUUUUAUGCAGGUUCAUGCUUCCAAGUCAAACCGAAUCGGUCUGCUGGGGGGCUUCAGACGAAUGCUUAGGGAAGGGGGAGUGACGUCUCUGUGGAGAGGGAACGGCCUUAAUGUGUUAAAAAUGGCCCCUGAGACUGCCAUCAAAUUCAUGGCUUAUGAACAGUAUAAGAAGUUUCUGGCAUCAGAGGGGGAUCAAAUAGAGACUGCACAGAGAUUCAUGGCCGGCUCAUUAGCUGGAGCCACAGCGCAAACGGCCAUUUACCCCCUAGAGGUAAUGAAGACGAGACUGACUCUGAGAAGUACCGGCCAAUAUUCUGGAAUGUUGGACUGCGCCAGGUCCAUUCUGCAGAGGGAAGGCAUCAAGGCCUUCUAUAAAGGCUACGUCCCUAAUAUCCUGGGCAUCAUCCCUUAUGCUGGCAUCGACCUCGCUGUUUAUGAGAGUCUGAAGAAUGCCUGGCUGUCAAACUACGCCACAGACACGGCCAACCCCGGCGUCCUGGUACUGCUGGGCUGUGGGACUGUGUCCAGCACAUGCGGGCAGCUGGCCAGCUACCCUCUGGCCCUGGUGCGCACCCGCAUGCAAGCACAAGCGUCUCUUAAUAACUCGGAGCAGCUCUCCAUGCGCUCGCUGGUGAAGAGCAUAGUGGCGAAGGAAGGCUUCUUCGGCCUGUACCGGGGCAUCCUGCCCAACUUCAUGAAGGUCAUCCCUGCUGUGAGCAUUAGCUAUGUGGUGUAUGAAUACACAAAGUCAUUUUUGGGUAUCUCAAAGUGAAUGUCACAGACAAUAUUCAGGCAUUUCAGUGCAGGAGUUCUGAUUAAAGGGAUAGUUCAGUGAAAAAAUAAUUAAUUUUCACAUUUUCUCCCAUAAAUGUAGUCGAUCGGCCGAGACAUGCUUAGUGUCUGAAAUUUGUGUCAUUCGUUUUGCACUGUAGCUACGAGGCUAAUGUGGCUAACAAGUAAUGGAGGCUUAGACCCCAUAAAUUAGCAUCAUGCGUAUUGCAUGCUGAAAUGUUAGUAGCCUUGCAGCACACUUUUGUUCAUGUUUAUAGAUAACAAUAUGUUGUCAGUGUCAGAAACCACAUAAGCAAGUUUAUUUGAGAUUACAUAAAAGUUCACAGUUUGAAGCAAAUGUUUGAUGAAUUAAGCGUGCAGUUUGCGC